CAGAGAGUGGAAUGUUGAUACAUUGUUGUUGUUUUGUAGUUAAUUUUGAUUUGGGAUACAUUUCGGUUCGGUUGCUGGAAGCGUUCUCCCGGUUGUAACAACAAACCCCGGCUCGUAACCGAUCUCAGAGAUUUGCGCAAUCCCGACAGAAACGAUCCGCGUUCACAAGCUACAUUUCUGAAGGAUCAUUGGCCAGUUGGAUGCAUGCAGGGUAUGACGGCGAAUUUUAAAGCAAGCAAGGCAUUAAAGAUAAAGAAGGAGGUGGGGGAGAAUGCCCCGGUCCUCAGCGAUGACGAGCUGGUGGCCAUGUCGGUGCGGGAGCUCAACCAGCACCUGCGCGGGCUGACCAAGGAGGACGUGGUGCGGCUGAAGCAGCGGCGUCGCACGCUGAAGAACCGCGGCUACGCCGCCAGCUGCCGCAUCAAGCGCGUCACGCAGAAGGAGGAGCUGGAGAGGCAGAAGACGGAGCUGCAGCAAGAGGUGGACAAGCUGGCCCGCGAGAACGCCAGCAUGAAGCUGGAGCUGGACGCCCUGCGGGCCAAGUACGAGGCCCUGCAGUGCUUCGCCCGGACUGUCACCCGCGGGCCCCUCUCCCCCGGCAAGGUGGCCGCCACCAGCGUCAUCACCAUCGUCAAGUCGGCCAACCGCAGCCCCGGCUCCACCCCCUUCUCCGCCCCCUCUUAGUGCUUACGGGACUGGGCGCGCCACGGGGGUCUGUGGCGACGCCUUGAGAAGGGACAGCCAUUGCCUCUCUUCCCAACAUACUCUAUACCUGUGCACUGUGUGAAAAAAAAAAAAAUCCCCAGUGCUUGCAGGGCAAACUGGCUGCUCAUGAUGUUCCAUCCCUGACCCACAGUUAUCAGAUCCGAGCACUUACUAAAGUGUGAACAAGUACUUGAUGUGACCUAAGAGGGUAGCACUGGCCUGAGACAGGUCUAACGGGCCUCUGGUGUCUAGUUUUUACAAUAGAGACUAAAAUGAUAUAUUAUCAUUAUGGUAGUUAAUCAAUAUGAUAGUUAAUACUAAUCAUAGUUCAAGCAGCAUGUAUGUAUGCUGAUCUGAGGUUGUUGCUAAAGAGUUAAAUGACCAGAGCUUAUGAACACAGAAUUGGGUUCAUUAACUCUGUACAAAAUUACGCACAUUUAGUAUAGGUUACCAUAGGUCUAGCAAACUAAGUGGAGAGGGACCACCAUGGCACUGAUGUGAAAGGAUACAAGGGCUGUUCUUAGAAAAAUGUCUGUAAUACACUCUACAAUUGUGUGCAUAGCUGAAUUGGCCUUCAGAUUAAUUUCACAUUUUCUGAACAGACAUUAGUUUUUGAAAUACCAGGGAAACUGCUGUGCUGGACGUACCAAAUCAACGGCCCCUAUGUAAUCAUAUCAGGCAGAUAUGUAGAUAUCUGUCCAGUCCAAGUCCAACCAAACCGCUAAUAUGGGUUUGAUAUUCUAAUAGAGCCACCCACUCUAAGAACAAUUUAGGUGUGUAUGUUACAUUGAAGUAUGUCAUACUGAACUGUGCAGAGACAUUUAGACAGGAAGAAAAGAUAUAGGAAAACAAGCUGGCUUUCUCAAGCUCGGCACAUUAAUUAAUAAUCAUUGCAUGGCACUUAAUACAUUACUGUUAAAUCACAGUAUAAAAAGUACACAGAGCACUUGCUAGAAAUAUAUUUUUGAAAUAUUCAAAUACUGCAUAACCAGAGGAUGCCUUGUGCUUCUCGGAGCAAAAUUAGGCCUAUUUGCAUUCUGAAAUUUGAGUCAGAAUAAGGUCUGUAUGAAGCUUAUAAUAAUUCAAUGUGAUCUAUUUUUUAUAACACAAGGUGUUUUUUUUAGCUCAUAAUGAUGGCUUAGGGGAAAAGAAACUUUUGACAUUCGUCAUCUUAACAAGACAAGCAGUUGCUUUUAUGUGAUAAUUUCUUCUGAACUCCUGCAAUUGAUGCCAUAUUUCAUGGUGGGUAAUCCAUAUUGGAUGUAGUGAUGAGAUGAGCUGUCUUGAGAAGUAAAUGCAAUCCAAUCAUUACCUGUAUAUUACAGAUUUUAAACUACUUCCUCUACUUUAGUUUCACCAUGAAAGAGAACAAACAGAAGCUUCUAACUGCAACUUGCACCCCUCUGUGUGGAGAAAUCCGUCCUCUGGAACCAUUCCUUCUGCUAGCCUAGGUCGCCAGAAAGUGCCAUUGCUGGUGUUGAAAAUGCUGACAGAAAUAUGCUGUGUAUUUACACAUUAAUAUAUUGACACAAACAUCAGUGCAAAGAGAACCUUAACACGUAAACCCAGCCAUAGGAAUCUGGAGAGGCAACAUGAGCUGGAUAUCCGAUAAGCAACAGAUGCAAAAUAUCUGCUGAGAUGCGUGUGUUGUAAAAUCAGUUCUAGGCCAACGCUAUCGCUAGCGUCCAGUGGUUUCUGGCUCCAUGCUGAACGUGUCUUAUCGGUUGUUCAGUGAUUAGUUAAGAUCUCUACGUACGCAAUGCAGAGUUUGAGCCUUAUGUGGAUGCCAACCAUUUUUAUGAGGCUCAAAAUGACGUUUAAGUCCCUUUGAGAAAUGGGUAUGGACUGUUUCCAUUGCUCUUUGUUAGCCCAUAAUCAUUAUUAUUGUCAAGAAUAAAUUCAAGUAAAGGUUGUAAAAAUGAUUUUCAAUUCCAAACUACAAAAGAUUACAACAAUGUUACAAAAAAACAAGAUUAAAUCUGCGUGUGCAGCAAGCCCCAAAGUGGCUUCAGUGAUGUUCAUGCAAUGCCCUCUGUCCAUUAUGAUGAUGUAGGUCAGUGGCUGUAUAUGUCAUCAUUUGUACAAGCUGGUCAGUGAAAAUGGGAGAGAACAGGUCUUAGAGCUCUCUCUAACACAGUGUUUCUUAAUCCUGCUCCUGGAGGCUACCUGCUCCGCACGUUUUCCAUCUUUCUCUGCUCUAC